AUGUGCAUGGAGGCCAGGAAGUCACCACAUGUCUGUCCAGAUGGAGGAGGGAAGUGGACGUACUCUUUGGUAGAACACUUGACACUGACUCCACCAACAGCAGAACUUAACGUUGAAGAUAACCAGUAUGACAAAGGAGAAGCUCUGUACAUGAAGACCCAGAAUCCAGUAGGAACAACCAAGGCACCACAGAAAGUAAGAGCCAUGGUGUACAGCAGGGAAACCAAGUUGGCAGCGUUAUCCUCAUGGUCCAUACCAGCCAUGGCGGCCUGUCCCAAAGUGGUUGAGAAAGCAAAGAAUCCAAUCAUCAAAAGCCAAUUGAGACCACCUCUUUGGGCAGUGUCAUGA